ACCCCCACACGCAAAAGCUUCCCUCCAUGGGCGCCUCCCCCUUCCCCUCAUCCUCCUCUUCCUCUACCUCCCCCCACCUCGGCCUCCACUUCCCCGUCGCCGGCGCUUCCCCCCUGCGGCAGCAGAGGCAGCCGGACCGGAUAACCUCGAGCCAUGCUGCCGCCUUCUUGCGCGCCACAUGCUCGAGGAAAUGCCUUGGAGUUGCAGAUCCCAACAAACGCUAGGAUUAGGCGCUCCCCGGGGUCCCUUUUAGCUCCCCUCUAACGAUUUGUCUAGUUCUUGGUGUGGCUUGGUUGCUGUUCUUGUUCUGUGAUUUGUCGGUGUGCGUGUAUUCGGGUACAGAGUCGUCUACUGAGAAAUCAGGAGGUUUGGGCCCCCUCCGGCAGCCGAUUUUUGUGCUUUUGCUGCUUGUAUGGGAGUUCCCGUCGCGCGGAGGUCCGAUUCUUGGAGUACCGACCUCGCGAUGACGGACUGGGAGCACAGCGCCGACCUCGGCGGCCGGCCUAUUAACGGUGGCCGAGGUGGGGCCACGGAGCAGCGCGGCGGUGGGCUGGACGGGCCUCCGGUGUCCCCGCCGGAGCGCGUCCCGACGCCGUCGUCGGCGAGGUCUGUCGGAUGGCGGCGCUUCUCCUCGCCUGGCCCUCUCCGGUGCUCAACGCCAGGGAGUAUUAGUUAUGAUGACGGCGAGGACUCUGACCGGUAUUUCUCCCCGGGUAGUGAACUUUCUCAAGAUACAUCUGAUACGGACUCCAUGAGCACAAGUAUUAGCAGGCUGUACACAUUCAGGCUGGCUUCGAGCCCGGUGCAAAGUCCUAUGAAACGGCCGGGGCUAAAUGGUCACCGAAACUCUGGCCAUGGCUAUGAUGAUCUUGAUUUUUCUAGCUCAAUGGAUUCACCCAAGGGCGAUGGCGAACAGAAUGACAGCACCAUACAUCCAAUUGACUUUGAGAGUAAUGGAAUAUGGUUUCCUCCAUCGCCGCAGCAUGGUGGCGAUGACUUUGAAAAUAGUUUCUUUGAAUACGAUGAUGAUGACUAUGACAACGCUGAUGGGAGGAACUUUGGGCAUGGUAACCAUGACAGUGGCGGUAGUGACGAUUUACCAGGGGUUGAAGGAAAACAUAAUAUAGCUCAUAAGGAGUUCUUGAGGAAUGCUUUGCAUGGGCAUUUUAGGGCUCUUGUGUCCCAGUUGCUCCAAGGCCAUGGAGUUGAUCUCGUGGAUAGAUGGUCCGAUAUCGUAUCCUCAUUAGCAUGGCAGGCAGCUACCUUUGUCCGACCAGACACAAGCAAAGGUGGUAGCAUGGAUCCAACCAGCUAUGUCAAAGUCAAAUGUGUAGCGUCUGGGAAUCCCAACAAUAGUACUUUCAUUAAAGGCGUUGUUUGCUCUAAGAAUGUAAAGCAUAAACGCAUGGUGUCAGCGCAUGAGAACCCCAGAAUUCUUCUUUUGGGAGGAGCACUGGAACACCAAAAGGUUACAAACAAACUAGCAUCCAUAAACAGCCUUCUCGAACAGGAACAGGAGUAUCUUAAAAAUGCUGUUGCAAAGAUAGUGGCCCAAAGACCUCAUGUCUUACUGGUUGAAAAAAGUAUUCCAAUGUAUGCUCAAGAGCUUCUUGCAAAAGACAUCUCUUUAGUACUGAAUGUCAAGCGAUCACUUCUAGAAAGGAUAUCACGCUGCACAGGCGGCCAAAUUGCUUCAUCCAUUGACAAUGUCACUUCAGCUAGACUUGGACACUGCCAAGCUUUCUGGAUUGAAAGAGUUUCAGAAACUUUGGCUCCAAAGGACUCACACAGAAAAUCAGUCAAGACACUGAUGUUUUUUGAUGGUUGUCCAAGACGAUUGGGCUGCACGGUCCUUCUAAGAGGCACAUCCUAUGAAGAGUUAAGGAAGGUCAAACUUGCUUUACAAUUUGCUGUAUUUGCAGCAUAUCAACUAUCACUUGAGACCUCAUAUCUUGCGGAUGAGGGUGCAAUACUACCAAAGAUCCUUUCAGAUCUUCCAGUUCCUCCACUUGAGAAUUACAUGAAUGGUGGGAAUAGUUCCUUAAGUAAUCAUACCCAUGCUUCAAAUGAUAUUCAAAUCAUUAGUGACAGAACUUCUGAAAAUGGAUGCAUCAUGCCAAAUUUCCCUGAUAGUUCUUCAGAAUUGUUAUCUACCAAUCAAUCUCCUUCGGAAAGUAACUUUCAGGAAGAUUACACUGGUGGCGCUAAUGGCACAUCUUCUCAUUCCCCAAUAUUAUCUCUUGAUAAUGGUUGUAUGGCACCUCUAGGCAUAACUGUUCAUAGAGAUGCGAUGGUUGGUGGGACUUCUAGAGUAGAAAAUGACUUGGACAAUGGUUGGCAUCAUAUAUCAGAUGAAGAAAAUGCAGGAGCAGCCAUACAUGAUCAUAACGAGAACCUUGCUGAGUAUUUCCCAACAUCUGAUAAUGCACAGAGCAUUUUGGUUUCCUUAUCAAUUGCGUGCCCUCAGAGACGAAUUGUGUGCAAGCAAUCUCAGCUCUUGCGCAUAAAGUUCUAUGGUAAUUUUGACAAGCCGCUUGGGAGAUAUUUCCGUGAAGAUUUAUUUAAUCAAAGUUCAUGCUGUGCGUCUUGCAAGGAGCCUGCAGAAUCUCAUGUACAAUGUUAUACUCAUCAACAAGGCAGUCUGACAAUCAGUGUAAAAAAUCUUGCAUCUGUGAAGUUACCUUGGCGGAAUGAUGGGAAGAUAUGGAUGUGGCACAGGUGCCUCCGGUGCAAAUCAAAAGAUGGAAACCCUCCCCCAACAAAAAGAGUAGUGAUGUCUGAUGCGGCACGUGGACUUUCUUUUGGGAAGUUUCUCGAGCUUAGCUUUUCAAAUCACACAACAGCCAAUCGAGUUGCCUGUUGCGGACAUUCCCUCCAGAGGGACUGUCUUCGUUUUUAUGGGUCUGGAAGCAUGGUUGCUGUCUUCCGUUAUUCUCCUGUAGACAUCCUGUCUGUCAACUUGCCGCCCUCAGUAUUAGACUUUGCUUGUCCAAUAGCUCAAGAUUGGCUCAUCGAGGAAGCUGGUGAUGUAGCCAAUAGGAAGGAUAAUCUUUACAGGGUGAUUUCUGAUAAACUUGACUGCAUUGAAAAAACGGUCUCAGCCCAAGAAGACAUGAGCGUGAAGGCAGGCCUGUAUAAACAUGUUGUUGAUCUUAAGGAUUUGAUUAAAAUUGAGUGGAAGAAGUAUGAUGUUUCAGGUGAAGAAACUAUAGAUGUUCUAGGCCUCAACCAUGUGAGGCGAGAGCUUGUACUUGAUGCCCAAGUAUGGGAUCGCCGACUGCACAUGAUGCACUCACUCACCAAGGAAAACUAUCAUACUAUGGCAACUGAUGCACCUUGUCCUAAGAAGCUUCCUGGAAGCUUAUUAGAAGAGUCGAAGGCUGAGAUUUCUAGUGAGCAGGAGAAUAUGCGGAAUUCAGUAGAAUAUACUCACCCAAGUUUGUCCAUCACAGAUACCGGGAAACCAUUGCUCAGAAGAGAACAGAGUGACACAACUCUGUCACAUUUCGGGCUGGAAACCAAUAUAGAUGAAGUAUACCACCAGUCUGUUGAAGGCACUACUGGUUCUGCUGGUCUUCACUUUGUCUCGGGCCCAUCUGAAAUACAGAGUGAUGGGGUGGUGGCUGAUGAACUUAAGCUUGAGAAGACAUUGGAGAAGUCGGAGUCUUCUGCAUCGAAUCUUUCUGAUAGAAUUGACUUGGCAUGGACUGGCUCUAGUGUGGAGACACUUCCAGUCUUACCUACUGCUCUGAUGAAUGGUUCCUCAUUCCAGAAUGUCAUGGCUCCAAUCAGAAUCAGAUCAUUUGAUUCUGGAAUCAAUUUCAGGAAUAGAUUAUCACCUGUUGACGAUCCAAAUGUCAGCAUAAGAAGAGCUUAUUCCCAAAGGCCUCCAAGGGCACUUGAGAGAACAGGCAGGGGUUUGUCCCCGACAUUCACGAAUACGUUGUCACUUUCUGGUAUGAUGGAUGGCGAGGGUCGUAUGCUUCUAUCUCAAAGUGUUUUGGAUGUUGUCGUUCCAGUUUAUGAUAAUGAGCCAUCCAGUAUAAUAGCCCAUGCCAUGACUGUUCCGGAAUAUCAUAGUUUCGUGUUGCCAUUGAAUGAAUUGGAUGCCUCUGACCAAUCUCAACCUAGAAAUGGAAAUGAUUCCAAGGAUACUCACUUGACAGUUUCUUUUGAGGAUGAAGAUUCAUGUUCUGCAGAGAAGGCAAAAUUUUCUGUAACAUGUUAUUUUGCAAAGCAGUUUGAUGCAAUCAGAAAAAAGUGUUGUGCACAUGAAUUAGACUACAUCCGUUCUAUGAGUCGCUGCAAGAGAUGGAGUGCUCAAGGUGGCAAGAGCAAUGCAUACUUUGCCAAGACGCUCGAUGACAGAUUUGUCAUAAAGCAAGUGACCCGGACAGAGUUAGAUUCAUUUGAGGACUACGCAGCUGAGUACUUCAAGUAUUUAACAGAGUCUGUAACUUCUGGAAGCCCAUUUUGCCUUGCUAAAGUCCUUGGUCUUUACCAGGUCGUUGGCAAGAACAUGAAAGAUGGAAAGGAACUGAAGGUGGAGGUAAUGGUCAUGGAAAACAUAUUCUUCAAUAGGAAGGUAUCGAGAAUAUAUGACCUGAAAGGAUCCUUGCGUUCCCGUUACAACCCUGAUACAUCAGGAAACAACAAGGUUCUCUUGGAUCUCAAUCUAUUAGAGACACUUCAUACGAAGCCCAUUUUUCUCGGAAGCAAAGCAAAAAGAAGGUUGGAACGAGCUGUCUGGAAUGAUACUUCUUUUUUGGCAUCGGUGGGUGUGAUGGACUAUUCUCUCUUGGUUGGCAUCGACGAAGAAAGCAAGGAGCUGGUGAUAGGAAUUAUUGACUAUCUCCGGCAGUACACCUGGGACAAACAGCUGGAGACUUGGGUUAAGGCAUCAGGAAUCCUAGGGGGCUCCAAGGACGGGCUCCCGACCAUCAUCUCUCCGGAUCAGUACAAGAAGAGGUUCAGGAAGGCCAUGUCAAAGUACUUCCUAACUGUCCCUGACCAAUGGUCGCCUUGAAUCAGCCACUUGAUGCUAUUAUUUGCCUCUUCAAGUGCAUGAUGGGGUGACAGGAACUGGGAAGCGGCACAUUAUUUUCAUCUUCUUUUUAACUUUGUUUUUUGUUAGGGUAGUUGAUCGAUCUGUGCCUUUUGUAUGUUGUUUUUUGUUUGCAACUGGCAGGAUCACCGGAAAAGGAUUGGCCCAGGCUGUCCGUCCAGGCAGGCCUGGGGAUCGAUACAUGUAUAUUUUAUAAUUUCCUUCAACAUUGUAACAUACACUGUAACAUGAAAUGGAAAGGAACUAAAAUACUCUAUGGGUUCCUUACAAGUGGGUUCAAACUA